CCGCGCUCGUGCCCGCGCCCGAGCGAAGCAGCCCCGGCCGCGCCCCGCCCGCUGCCCGCUGCGGGCGGCCGCUGCGGGUCUGCAGGCCCCGGUUAGGGGAACGCCUGAGCCACCGGCCAUGGCCGACCGCGGAUGCCCUCUGGAGGCGGCGCCGCUGCCCGCCGAGGUGCUCGAGAGCCUGGCGGAGCUGGAGCUGGAGCUGUCCGAAGGUGACAUCACUCAGAAAGGCUAUGAGAAGAAGAGGGCCAAGCUGCUGGCUCGGUACAUCCCCCUCAUCCAAGGAGUAGACCCAGGUCUGCAGACAGAGAAUAGAAUUCCUGGGCCCUUGCUGACGGCAGCUACAGCUAAACCACAGAAGUCUCGGCCUACCAACUCAAGGGAUGAGCGCUUCCGGUCAGAUGUUCACUCAGAGGCCGUGCAAGCGGCUUUGGCCAAGUACAAAGAGAGGAAGAUGCCCAUGCCUUCAAAGAGACGGUCUGCCCUGGUGCACUCUUCCGUGGAAACCUAUACGCCUCCAGACACGUCAUCUGCCUCAGAAGAUGAGGGCUCUUUGCGGCGACCUGGGCGACUCACCUCCGCUCUGCUCCAGAGCCAUUCCGGCAUCGAGCCCUGGCUCGACAGGGUCAUUCAGGGCUCGUCCACCUCAUCCUCUGCAUCCUCCACCUCAUCCCACCCGGGAGGGAGACCUGCUGCUGCUCCCAGUGCCUCCACUGCGCUUGCGGGCCUCACGGCCCACGCCCACAUAGAUCUGCACUCUGCCCCACCAGAUGUCACCACUGGGCUUGUGGAGCACUCACCGUCUGAGCGUCCCCAGAUGGCCUCCGUGGGAGGCAUUCCUCGAGGGCACGGCAGGAACGUGCUGGAGACAGCCGAUGGUGUGCCUGUGAACAGCAGAGUGUCCUCCAAAAUCCAGCAGCUACUGAACACCCUGAAGAGGCCCAAGCGCCCUCCUCUGAAGGAGUUUUUUGUGGAUGAUUUCGAGGAGUUACUGGAAGUUCAGCAACCAGAUCCGAAUCAGCCCAAGCCUGAGGGGGACCAGAUGGCUGUGCUGAAGGGAGAGCCUCUGUCAGCGGGGACUUCUGGGCCACUAUCUCUGUUGGGUGCACUGCAGCUCUGGGGCACAACACAGCCUAAAGCUCCCUGUCUGACAGCCUUGGAUACAUCAGGGAAAGCCACCUGCACCCUCACCUACGGCAAACUCUGGAGUCGGAGUUUAAAAUUAGCGUAUACUCUACUUAAUAAACUGACGAGUAAGAAUGAGCCACUGCUUAACCCUGGAGACAGAGUGGCACUCGUGUUUCCAAACAGUGAUCCUGUCAUGUUCAUGGUUGCGUUUUACGGGUGUCUCCUGGCGGAGCUGGUCCCUGUCCCUAUAGAAGUACCACUAACGAGAAAGGAUGCAGGCAGCCAGCAGGUUGGGUUUCUCCUGGGCAGCUGCGGGGUGACCCUGGCACUGACCACAGACGCCUGUCAGAAGGGCCUGCCCAAGGCCCCAACUGGAGAGGUGGCAACUUUCAAAGGUUGGCCCCCCCUCGCCUGGCUGGUGAUUGAUGGGAAGCAUCUGACCAAGCCUCCAAAGGACUGGUACCCGCUGGCCCAGGACACAGGUUCCAGGACUGCCUACAUUGAAUACAAAACCAGCAAAGAAGGCAGCACAGUAGGGGUCACCGUAUCCCAUUCAUCCAUGCUGGCACAGUGCCAGGCCCUGACCCAGGCGUGCGGGUACACAGAAGCUGAAACGUUAACGAAUGUGCUGGACUUCAAAAGGGAUGCUGGUUUGUGGCACGGAGUCUUAACAAGCGUCAUGAACAGGAUGCAUGUUAUCAGCAUCCCAUACGCACUGAUGAAGGUCAACCCACUCUCCUGGAUUCAGAAAGUGUGUUCCUAUAAAGCCCGGGCUGCCCUGGUGAAGUCCCGAGAUAUGCACUGGUCGCUCUUGGCGCAGCGAGGUCAGAGGGACGUCUGUCUCAGCUCUCUGCGGAUGUUGAUCGUGGCGGAUGGCGCUAACCCUUGGUCAAUAUCUUCCUGCGAUGCCUUCCUCAAUGUCUUCCAGUCCAGAGGUCUGAGGCCAGAGGUCAUCUGUCCUUGUGCCAGUUCUCCUGAGGCGCUGACAGUAGCCAUCCGCAGGCCCCCAGAUCUGGGAGGAUCUCCUCCAAGAAAAGCUGUCCUGUCAAUGAACGGCCUGAGCUACGGGGUGAUCAGAGUUGAUGCUGAGGAGAAGCUGUCGGUCCUCACGGUGCAGGACGUCGGCCAGGUGAUGCCCGGAGCUAGUGUGUGUGUUGUGAAGGUAGACGGUGCCCCUUAUCUCUGUAAAACUGAUGAAAUUGGAGAAAUCUGUGUCAAUUCUGUUGCCACCGGGACAGCAUAUUAUGGACUGCUUGGAAUCACAAAGAAUAUAUUUGAGACUGUCCCAGUCACUGCGGAUGGAGUCCCCGUCUCUGACCGGCCUUUCACCAGGACAGGCCUUCUGGGAUUCGUCGGGCCUGAUAACCUGGUCUUCGUUGUGGGCAAGCUGGACGGGCUGAUGGUCGUAGGAGUCCGCAGACACAAUGCUGAUGACGUUGUGGCGACUGCCCUGGCAGUGGAACCCAUGAAGUUUGUCUACAGAGGCAGGAUCGCUGUGUUUUCUGUGACCGUGCUGCACGAUGACCGGAUUGUCUUAGUGGCUGAGCAGCGGCCUGAGGCUUCGGAGGAAGACAGCUUCCAGUGGAUGAGCCGUGUGCUACAGGCCAUCGACAGCAUCCACCAGGUGGGUGUGUACUGCUUGGCCCUUGUUCCUGCCAACACCUUGCCCAAGGCUCCUCUUGGAGGCAUUCACAUUUCUGAAACAAAGCAGCGCUUCCUGGAAGGGACGCUACACCCAUGUAACGUGUUGAUGUGCCCUCACACGUGUGUUACCAACCUUCCCAAGCCUCGCCAGAAACAGCCAGAAGUUGGACCAGCCUCAAUGAUUGUUGGGAACCUGGUUGCCGGAAAAAGGAUAGCGCAGGCUUCUGGGAGAGAGCUGGCCCACCUGGAGGACAGUGACCAGGCUCGCAAGUUCCUGUUCCUGGCAGAUGUGCUGCAGUGGAGGGCUCACACGACCCCUGACCACCCACUGUUCUUGCUGCUGAAUGCUAAGGGCACGGUCACCAGCACUGCGACCUGUAUCCAGCUGCACAAAAGGGCGGAGAGAGUGGCUGCCGCUCUGAUGGAGAAGGGACGACUAGAUGCUGGGGACCAUGUGGCUCUGGUGUAUCCUCCAGGGGUGGAUCUUAUUGCCGCAUUCUAUGGCUGCCUGUAUUGUGGCUGUGUGCCUGUCACUGUGCGACCCCCACACCCCCAGAACCUUGGCACCACAUUGCCCACUGUGAAGAUGAUUGUAGAGGUCAGCAAAUCCGCAUGUGUCCUCAGCACACAGGCCAUUACACGGCUGCUCAAGUCCAAAGAAGCAGCUGCCGCUGUCGAUGUCCGGACCUGGCCAACCAUCCUAGAUACAGAUGACAUUCCAAAAAAGAAGGUGGCUAGCAUUUUCAGACCGCCCUCCCCAGAUGUGCUUGCAUACCUGGACUUCAGUGUGUCGACCACAGGGAUCUUAGCUGGAGUUAAGAUGUCACACGCAGCCACAAGUGCCUUGUGCCGCUCCAUAAAGCUUCAGUGUGAACUGUACCCCUCACGGCAGAUCGCCAUCUGCCUGGACCCCUACUGUGGCCUCGGCUUCGCACUGUGGUGCCUGUGCAGCGUCUACUCUGGACACCAGUCAGUUCUCGUCCCCCCACUGGAACUGGAGAGUAACGUGUCCCUCUGGCUGUCCGCCGUCAGCCAGUACAAGGCCCGGGUCACCUUCUGCUCCUACUCAGUCAUGGAGAUGUGUACCAAGGGCCUGGGUGCUCAGACAGGCGCCCUUAGGAUGAAGGGGGUGAACCUGUCAUGCGUGCGCACGUGUAUGGUAGUGGCUGAGGAGCGGCCCCGGAUCUCGUUAACACAGUCGUUUUCCAAGCUGUUCAAAGACCUGGGCCUCCCCGCUCGUGCUGUGAGCACCACCUUUGGGUGCAGGGUCAAUGUGGCUAUCUGCCUCCAGGGCACAACAGGCCCAGAUCCCACGACUGUCUACGUGGACAUGCGGGCACUGCGCCAUGACAGAGUUCGCCUGGUGGAACGGGGUUCUCCGCAUAGUCUACCAUUGAUGGAGUCUGGAAAGAUCCUCCCAGGAGUGAAGGUCAUCAUUGCACACACUGAGACCAAAGGGCCUCUCGGAGACUCACACCUGGGCGAGAUCUGGGUGAGCAGCCCCCACAAUGCCACGGGGUACUACACGGUCUAUGGGGAGGAGACACUUCACGCGGACCACUUCAGUGCCCGGCUGAGCUUCGGAGACACCCAGACUGUUUGGGCAAGGACUGGCUACCUUGGCUUCCUCCGCAGGACAGAGCUGACGGAUGCCAGCGGAGAGCGACAUGAUGCGCUGUAUGUCGUUGGGUCUCUGGAUGAGACGCUGGAGCUGAGAGGCAUGCGGUACCACCCCAUUGACAUAGAGACCUCUGUGAUCCGUGCACACAGGAGCAUCGCGGAGUGUGCCGUGUUCACCUGGACCAACCUGCUGGUGGUGGUGGUGGAGCUGGAUGGCCUGGAGCAGGACGCCCUGGACCUGGUGGCCCUGGUGACCAAUGUCGUGCUGGAGGAGCACUACCUCGUGGUGGGCGUGGUGGUCAUUGUGGAUCCUGGAGUGAUCCCCAUCAACUCCCGGGGCGAGAAGCAGCGCAUGCACCUGCGAGAUGGCUUCCUGGCCGACCAGCUGGACCCCAUCUAUGUGGCCUACAAUAUGUGAGCCCAGCCGGGCAGCGCCGGCUCUAGGGAUCAGCAGGGCUCUGAGGCCAAGCUAGCUACAGGGUCUCUGCCCUGGGGGGAGGGGUCUCAGGCGUCACAGGCUCCAGGCUGCGAGUACUUUUCAGAUCCUCUCAGCAGUGUCCUGAAUGCCCCGUUAGAACAUUCUCCGAACCAGCUAAAGCAGUGUUUUGGAUCUGCCAAGUAUAACUACCAAAACAUGGGUGACUGGGAAGGAGAGGCCUGGUGUUAUGCUGCGGGCAUUGCCUACGCCACGGCUGCUCUCUGAUCUGCUGCAAGCUUGCACUUUUUUUAGGCUAAAAAGAAAUUAUUCCUGAUUUCUAAAUAUAUAAUUUCCUGAUUAUUUAUUCCCACUUGUAAUAACAAGCAGAUAUGUAAAGUCUAUGCUGGAGAGGGCUCUUGAGUCAAGCCUGCCCAGGAAAGCUGACGAAAAAGGGCAGCCCACCCUCCACGCUCAGCCCACCUUCCACACUCAGCCCACCUUCCACGCUCACAACCCACCUUUCACGCUCAGCCCAGACUCCACGCUCACAGCCCACCCUCCACACCCACAGCCCACCCUCCAUGCUCAGCCCAGACUCCACGCUGCCGCAAGGCCCCCUCCCUCCCUCCAGUCCGAUUACUAAAGCCUGUGUGCGCGUGUAUGUGUGUGUGAUCACUACUGCUCUCAGCAAGUGCCAUUUUGGACUGUUUAGUUAGAUCCUAUUUCAGAAAGAUAAACCAGCAUUUAAUUUAAAAUCACUUCGGUAGCCUGUAACUUCGUAACAUCUAAACUGUGAGUUCUCACGGCAUCACAGUAUCCAUCCCCUCAUGAAGCUUACAGACUUAUUUUUGUGAACAGGUCUGGGUGUAUGAGUGGCAACCUAAGGUCUCCUCACUGUGCUAGCCAGGCCUCCUACACAGCCGAGUUGCCAUGGGUGCCCGUCUGUCUAGAGUGGACAGAGCUGCAGCCUCUUGGCUUCGCAUUUGAGUUAUGUGCCUAUAAAACUUGGCCAAACCAUUUUUUUUUUCAGUUAAUCUUAUCCAAACUUGAAAUCUGAGUGAUCUAAUAUUGUACUUAAGUCAGAAAAGAGAAUGUAAAAAUCUUUUAGAUACUUAAUAAGAGUUUGAAGUCAAGCAUGAAUCUAAGAUUAUUUUUAUAUGACUAAUCAAAGAUUAAUGUUAUUGAGUUGUUGGGGUUUAGGGACUUGGAAGGAUGGAGAUGUUUAUGAAUCACAUCGACUUCACAGAGACAGCUAGAUUGUGCUAGGGUUAGCCUGGACAUGUGCAUCGCGAGUCCCGCUGACAGGUUCUGUCCUCGUAUCUCACAUCGGGAAGCAGCACUGCGUGGUAUAGCCCUGUUGCUCAUGGUAUCAAACUGUGGUGUAGUAUGUUAAAACAUACUGGAAUUGUAAUAAUCCCGCUAUAACUAUGUACAGAAUCCAUGUAACUUAUUGGCCUCAGAGUCUAGCGGCAGACUGAUAGGGUUCGCGGUAGACGGCUGUGAAGGAGACCGGAACUACCCAUCCGCCGUCUCAACGUUGUCGUUUUAGAGCAGACAGCGCCUGUAAACUUUUUGUAUUGAAAACUCAGUGGCAGUAAGAACGUAUCUGGUAAGUAAAGGUUUUAGGAAUCAUGUUAAAAUGUUUUAAGGUUACUCUCUGGGAAUUCUGUAUAUCACACUAAUUUUUUUAUAUCAUGUUAAUAAAAGCUAUUGACUUUGUAA